UGAGCCUCAGUGACCGUGAGAUGUGUGACAUGUUAAAAGCGAAGGAAACGUGCUGACAAUAAACAUGAUGAGUUUAUCCGCUGUAGUGCACAGGCUGCGGUGCUCUUUACUCCGCAUUGAAAGCGGACUUCUGCAGGCGGCAGGACUGGACAGACACCUGGCUCCGGCGCUGGCAGUGAACGGCCCCACCUGCCUGCCUCAACUCGACAAGAGGGACGAGCUGGAGGAGCAGCAGAGCCCAGAGCAGCCUCCCGGCCUCCUAGACAGCAUCCUGUGGAUGGCAGCACCCAAGAAGAGACGCACUAUAGAGGUCAACCGCACCAGGAGGAGAGCUGACAGCAAGCUCCUCAAAGUCCAGAACAACACUGAGCCGUGUUUAGAGUGUGGCCACUUGAAGCAGAAACACAUCUUGUGUGGCUUCUGUUAUGCAAAGGUGUGCAUGGAGACCGGCCUGAUUCGUCAGCAGAUAAACGCAAUGGAAGGCGGCCCGCUGAGGGCCCCAGCUGUGGAGACUGUCGUCCUGUAUGAGGGUGAGACGCCAAGCCAGCAGGACAAAGACAAGAGGAUUGUGGAGAGGGCCAGGAAGAGGCCUGCCUGGUUCAGCUAAGGCUUCAGUCAGACACAGGUCUGGCCAGAUACACACUGAUGCUUUAUUUCAUACAGUAAACAGCAUAUUUUGUCUGGUCUGUUAUUCACAUGUAUUCAGAAAGGUUGAUGUAUCAGUUUUGUUUCCACAAACAAAUUCAAUAAAUGAUGGUUUGAUCAGCACUGACACCAAUACCCUUGGUAAAUACUGCCACCCCAAACAUAAGUUUUCAGUUGUCUCUGUGGACAUACUGUACUGUAUCAUUAAUGUGUGGGGAGAAAACAUCUAUGAGUUUAGGCCUGUGGACUUUCAUGGUUGUUUUUGUCGUUGUUCCGACUAGUUUUCAGGCUUGAAGUCAAGUCUGUCAGAUUUUCAACUGAGAGAAAUGUACUGUGUUAUAUUUGAAUGUUAAUAAAUCAUUUU